UUCAAAUUUUACCCUUUUCUAUGUGAAUUGAGUAAUAAUUUCGCAGAAAAGGCAUCUGUUGAGCUUCUUGAAUGGAAUUUUUUUAGUGAAACAGUCAGAACAAUCAAAUGCUCACCUAGUGUUAUGGUUUAAUAGUGGUUACUUUCUCGGCCUUACUACUUGCUGUACUUUGCUUCUCUAUUUGAAUGUUGUAAUUUAUGUUCCAAUUUCUUUGAUUCUCUUGCCAGAUCUGAUUUCUGCAUCCUUUCGACUGAGAUGAACAUGUCCCUACUCUUCGUUCAUGCUCUCAAAAUUUUUCCAAGAGUUUGUUGCCUAAUUAGGAUUGUUUACAUUCUUCUGGAAUGAUCUUACCCAUUCAGACAUGGUUUCCAAUUCAAUUGUCCAAAGCAAUCUCUUGCUCUCAUUGCUUAUUCUGAGUUCACAUUCUUAAUCUCUGUUCAAACUCAAUAGUUAUUAAGUGAGAUAAUAACCCAAAUGAAGAAUCAUAUUAAGGUGAGAGUUAUUGGUGUUGCAGGUGAAGUAGCUCAGAGGGAAAGGAUGUUCUGUGUACAGGAAAUUGUGGUUUUUGAAUAUCUUAUGUUAAUAAUGAAAUUCUGAAAUACCUAUAACAAUAACAAUAUUGUCUCAAAAUUCAAAAUAUAUAAUGUUCUGAAAAUGUGAAGUAAAAUAAAGUGUUGACCCAUCCAGUAUUAGUGAGAACAGAACAGUAAGGGAAGCUCUUAAACUCUAUCCAACUUGACCUAUGUGACUAUCACCAUGAAGCUCUUGAAGAGUUUUUGUGGAAGAGCCUUUUUCUAUCAAUGAAUUAGAUGCUUUAUCACAUUAGUUUGAGAUGAGGCGAGUUUUCAGUUCCUAAGGGUAGAGCAGCAAGUAAACUGUUGCAAUUUGCAAUUUGCUGCUGCCCGGAUGGUACAAAAGUGUGUGCAUUUGGGCUUAAACCUUUCUUGCAUUAACUCCUUCAUGUUCCUGCCCCUCAUCUUGUGUAACAGUAGCUAAAAAACCUACUGUACUACAUCAACAAGUGCAGCAGUAGAUUUAGGAGCCCCAACAGUAGGUCGAUCACCAGUUGCAUUCAAUGCAACAUUAGCCUCCAACUUCGAACCUAUAGUAAGUUGAGCAUGCCUCAUCGUACGGGUAGUAAACCAAUUAGGGAGAUCAUUUAUGAAUUGGGAGGUAAAGAUGGUAAUCCACCAGAUGUGGCAACUAUUUUUUUUGAGACUCGUAAGAAGAACAACAAGCUUGUCGAACCUGAAACCAGUGAGAAAUAUGAUAAAAUCAAGGAAUUGGUACAAUCUGAAUCGUCUCUUACAAACAUUGAGGUUGUAGAAAGGUGCUUCGGACCUCAACGAAAGAGUCAUGUAGUUGGAUUUGGUGGUGGGAUAACAUCUAAGGAGUUGAAAGGUGGUAACUCCUCUAAAGCUGCAUUGUUGGAAAAGCUGAAUGCUACUGUAAAAGAAAAUGAAUCACUAAAAGGACGUUUGGAAGGGCUAGCGAGUAAUAUGAUGACCUAGGGAGUAAAUACGCACAACUUGCAAAGAUAGUGUUUGAUCAGCCUUCAUCACCAUCUUCAAGUGAUCAAUAGAUUGAAUCAUAUAACGGAUCAAAAACAUGAAGCUCGAAGAAUCUAUCCUUGAAGAAAGUGUAGAGCAAGUUGAAGUACAAGAGGUUUUUGGUUCGUCGGCGAUGGUUUAAAGACACCGUCUUCUGUAUAUAUAUAUAUGCUGCGAUUUUACUUUUUUUUUUAGGAAUUAUUAAAAAUGAUGAUUAACUCAUCUCACUUUAUGCUUCCAGUUGUCUCUUGGAUGGGUUUGCGUUAUUUCUACUUUUCAUUGUUUCAGUAAGAUGGGUUUCUUACAAUUUGGAUUGGUUUCUGGUAAAUAUGAUACUUUAGUUCUUUGUAUUAAUAAGAUAUCAAGUAUUUGGUUUAUUUUCCAA